CGAAGGGAUACAUUUGCUAACCGGUGCAGUUCAAGCUGAGCUGCAUGGCGCAAGUGCAACGAUCCUGCGAGUUCUCUCUGGUGAAGCAGGCCAACGGAAGGUAUGGCCUGCAGGGAGGCGUCGAGCCGGUCACCCCUGAUAGCAGAUACGACCUGAAGCUCAGCGAGGAACGGGACACAGCUUCGCCAUCCAUACGACGCAUGCGCUUUCGCUCGGGGGGCCUGUCCAUGACGGGGCACCUGCGGCAGCCGAGGGACGUGGCCAGCUACAGCUACGAGGAGAACGCUGAGGCCCCGGUGCCCGAGCAGCUCCGGCAGAAGCUGCUGGCCAUCGGCUCCAGUUUCGCCUCUCUCGGGAAGCAAGUGGACGCGGACGCACGGAGGCGCAAGGAGCUGGAGGCGAAGCGCUGCCAGGAGCUCCUGGUCUUCUUGGGCAAGCUGGAGCAUGAGCUCACGGACGAGGCCCAGAACCGGGAGACGGAGCUCGUCGAGCUACGUCAGGCGGUGGAGAGGCGCCUGAACCAGAUGAUCGAGGAUGUGCAGAAGAGGGUGUCGGCACGCUUCAGUGGCCUCAUCGGCGAAGUGGAAGCGCUGGCUGACAGGUGCGGAAACUUGGAGCUUGGGAUUCAGCAGUUCAAGGGGGAGGUGCCUUCCCAGCUCCAGGUGGAGCUCACAUACUUGAAGGAAGCGAUGCAGCAGCUCCUGGCUGACGCCGCGAGGGAGCAGCAGCGGAGCUCCGAGCAGGACGCUGGCUUUCUUCUACGCAUGGAAGAGGGCAGAUACGCCGUGGAUGCGGAGAUGCAGAAGGAGCUGGUACGCUUGGAGCGGCGAGGGGAGGCGCUUCAGGAGCUGAUCGAUCAGUUCGCCUUCGCGCAGGAAGACGCGGAGAUUGCCCAACAGCGGGCAGUGGUGCUGGAUCAGAUGGCGGAGCUCCGGCGGCAACUCGGCGCGGAGGUUGCCCUGCGCGAGGCGGCGGACGACGAGGUGGUGCAGGCCAUCAACGACUACACGGCCACGCUACAUCGCAGCCUAAGUGCAACGAAUUCGUAGACCCUGGGGGCCCCCUCGCGGCUGGUGGCUCCGAAUUUGUGACACCUAGAACUGGU